AUGUCUUUUUUCGGGUUCGAUACGAGUCUUUCGGGGCAGAACAAGGGUUCUAACCGAGACUCUCGCAAGAAGGCUAAUAAUCGUAAAAGUAAGAGUCCAGAAGCUGCAAUGGACUUCGAAGACACUUACCAAGGUUUCGGAGAGCAUGAGGGAGAGGAAGAUGAUUAUUUGAACGAUGAAACUUUUGGCAAUGCCACGGAAUUGGGCGCUGAUUUUGAUUUUGGCUACGGCAAGGGCGAGCUGGAAGCUGUGGGUCAAAGCAGCGUGAGCCAACCGGCUCUCAACCGUUCAUAUGCGUCUGCUGCGACUUCCACUGGUUCCGAAAUGCCCAUGUCCGGAUACCAUACUGGUCCCGCACACAUUAUGGACGACGGGAUGGACUUCACACCAAUGGAGUCGCUGUGGACGAACCAACCUAGGGCCAUGCCACCACAGCAGUACCAGCAACAGCCUGAAGUGCAGGUACUCUCUAUGGAAGAGCUGGAGAGACAGCAGCAAUUGCAACAACAGCAUCCACAACACGGCUAUGUGGGUGGGGUAGCCCCACCACCUCCUGUCGGUUACGGCUAUCCUCCACAGGCAUUCAUGCCACAGGCUGGGUAUCAGGGCAUGCCUCAGAACAUGCAACAGGGCAUGCCUCAGGGCUUACCUCAAGGCCUACCUCAAGGCAUGCCACAAGGUUUGACUCAGGGAAUGCCCCAGGGUCUUCCUCGAGGAAUGCCAAUGCCAAUGCCGGUCCCAAUGCCCAUGGCCGGACCUCCUCAGCGUUUUUCACAAGCUUCUCAUGCAGUGCAGCACCAGCAACCUAUUUCCGCCGGCCAGCAAUCUGGACAGGCUUCUUUCGUGGCUCCUGGGUCGUCACAGUCGCCAGAAUUGAGUCAACAAUCUGCUACUUCUUCAACUCAGCUACCUACGACCAAGUCUCCCGUCAUGGCAGCUCCCGGACUCUUUCCACAAGUCUCAAAACCUCCUCAAUCUGUUUCUAGCUCUAGAGGUCAGUUUGUUACAGAACAAGACUCUCGUGAAAGCACGCCAAGAGGGGCUCGCCGUGGCUCUAUGCGUAAACCCCAAGAGCCUUUGAGUCCAGAAGAUCUGAAAAGACUUCAGAUUCGUCAGGCCAAAGUCGACAAGAUCUUAAGGCACAGUGGUGUUAUGACUCCCCGGGACAAGGAUUUCAUCACUCGGUAUCAAUUGUCGCAGAUUGUCACGGAUGAUCCUUACAACGAGGACUUUUACUUUCAAGUUUACAAGAUUAUUCAGCGUGGUGGCAUCGUUGGUGAGUCCAAUAAGGGCUUGAUUGCUCGCGCCUAUUUGGAGCACUCGGGCCAUCGUCUUGGAGGCCGCUACAAGCGUGCCGAUGUUGCUCUACAGAGAAUGCAAAGUCAGGUCGAGAAGGCCGUCACUGUGGCAAAAGAAAGACCACAGAAGAGCCGCGAAAACUUGGACAGUGCUAAAGAGGGAGUGUUGGGAAAAAUCUCGUCUGCGAGAAACAGCAAGGCCCCAAGAAGACAGCUACAGAUUCCCUUGCAAAAAGGCGAUGACGAAGACGUCAGCUCUUCAGCAAUCGAGGAUGUGGUUCAAAGUAUGAAUGGAGUAGACAUUUCCUCGUCCUCAAAAACUAGAAGACGGUCUUCGUACGCAUUUAGGUCCGUUGACCAGCGUGCGGUUCUUUCCCGCUCAGGUGGCAGAAAGUUUGUUUUGUCGUUGAUCGAAACUGUCUACGCCGAAGUUCUGGAAUUAGAGGCGCAACUAAGAAGCGGCAAGGAAACCGAUAGCACCGAGCUAUGGGAAGCAUUGCACAUCGCCGACGAUGCUUACGAGGUGUCUCCGUUCAUUUCCAUCCUGUCUUUUGACAAAGGUGUCAAGAUCAUGCCCCGCAUUUUCAACUUUUUGAACAAGGACCAGAAGCUCAAGUUGCUGUACUGCUUCUUCAGCGAGCUAUCACAUCUGAACAUCAUUGUCACCAGCUCAUACAAAACCAACCCUAACCCUUCGGACUCGCAGCUCAAAAAACUGGAGCUAUUCCAGUCGGUGUUUCUCAAGAUCAUCGUGUCUUUCCUAUCGAGUUCUGCCGAGUUUUUAGAGGUUUUAGGGUUGCUUCUAGCUCUGGUCAAAAACAACAACGUUUCCUUUAUCAGCACAUCGAAAAUCGGAUUAAACCUCAUCACCGUGUUGAUCUCCCGUGCUGCGCUCAUCAAGCAGGAUGUUAGCAGGGGCAACGUUUUGUCGUCGAUGGAGGCGUCUUCGUGGAAUGAAAUCUACGACAAGCUGUUCACGGCUCUGGAGACUAAGCUUGCCGUUGUCUUCCCACCCGACGAAUACACUGCGAAGGUCGUGACUGCAUCCUCCUCUGGUACAGUCACAUCCGCGACCGCUGGCCAGUCCCAGAAGCAUCAGUUCUACGACCAAUCCUACAUUUGGCAGUUUUUGGCCUCCUUGGCCCUCAGUGGUAAACUCAACCACCAACGGGUUAUCAUCGAUGAAAUCAGAGAAGAGAUUUUUGGCACUAUCAGUAGGGCAGAACAGUUGCUUUCUUCGACGCCUGCUGAAGAACAGCAGAUCGCUAUGUAUCAACGUGACAAAUUAUACCAGGACUUGAACUUGUUCCUAAACGUCAUGGGUUUGGUAGCACGCGACGGUGAGAUCAGCGAACUCAAGUGA